AUGGCUCUCAGGGUUGUGCCAUUUGAAGGCAUCUUUAAGCCAUUCAUCACAAAGUAUAAUAUGAGGCAGUUCAGAGUUAAAUCCACAUUCAUUUACGUGGUGGCGCUUCUUAGCGGUAUAAAUAUAAGCCUCCCGAAGGGCAUGGAGACGUGCUACGCUGGAGAGAUUUCUAUGUACACAGAGAGAGAAAACAGAAUCCAGGUGGCAACUCUUGAGAAGACUCAGCUCAUUGCAAAGGAUUUUUCUGAGCUGCGCAUCCACUUCUGGCCCGACGAGAGAGCACUGAAGAAGGUUGUGACAGGAAAAGAGCAGAGAAUGACAGAGAGAGCAAAGAAAAGAAGGAAGAAGAAGCAUUUGAGCCGAUAG